AUGAGAGGACAUAAUAAUUAUAUGUUACCUACUAUUGAAGAAAAAUGUUGUCAUGCAGCUAAAUUUACAUAUAAUUAUAUGUUAAAUCAUUCUUUUAAUUUUAAACAAAUUAAAAGAAAAA